AUGACCAUACAAAUUGAUGGUUAUGCUUGGAAUCCAUGGGUUUUGAUCAACGCAGAAGGAAACAAAUCUCGAGUGAAGGGUGUUGUUCCCGAACUAUAUAACACUAUGAGAAAUUUCAUGGAUUUCGAGUAUGAUGCGAUAGUUCAACCAGAUUUAAUGUUUGGAACUAGGCUUGCAAAUGGAACAUGGAAUGGCAUGAUUGGAGCAACAAUUUCUAACAAAACUGAUUUAUCUGGACCAUAUUUUAUGAACGAACAAAGAGCCGGGGUGAUGAGUUUCGCUACUCCACUCAGUUUUUCUCAGCUAGCUCUCAUAUCUGGUAUGGUUCCUUCCAGUAAAAGUCCAUUCAUGAUAUUCGAAAUAUUUCCUCUAUUGGCUUAUUUGCUUGUCAUCAUUUGUUUACUUGGUGUGACUUGCACGACUAGUUUGAUUUAUUUUUCUCAGCCCGAAGUUAAUAAACGAUCGAAAUCAGAAGUCUUCAUGAAGUAUAUGUGGCUGUUUUAUGGUACCCUUUUAGGAAAAGAUUUUGGAGGAAGCGAUAGGUGGUACUUGAAGUACACAGGACAUAUGGUGAGUUUCCGAAUGAUGUCAGGAAUGUGGCUGAUUUUAAUGUGCGUGGUGUUGAUGAAUUUUUACCAGUCUACAAUUACGUCAACAUUUGCAAAUGAGAAGAUGCACCCUAAAAUAGAAACUAUGGAGCAACUGAUGCAAAACAAGGAUGUGAGAGUGGAGACAUUCGAAAAUACAUAUCCAGAAUCAUGUUUCAAAAACAAAUACAAUGUACUAUAUGCAUCAAUUUGGCAACGGAUGGCUGGUAAUUUGGAGCCAAAUCUUAAUGAUUUUAGAAAGAUUCCUCCAUGGAUGGAUGAAGUUGAAGAUGGCAAAGUGGUCUUUUUUAGUGAGAAUAUGUUUAUGAGAGCUCUUAUUGGCGAGAGAUUUAGACAAACUGGAAAAUGCAAUAUACGUGCCACUCCAAUAAGCUUCUGUUCUGCAUAUAUUGCAAUAGCUUUCAAUAAACAGUUUUCGAAAGUUGUAAAGGAACAAUUCGAGCAGAAUCUUCUUAAAUUCGUGGAAGCUGGUCUUCUCCACAGAAGUUUUAUAGCAUCAACUUUGUAUUACGAUAUCUGCACUCAGGCCAAGAAUCCUGCUACUAAAGCUUUAUCUUUGAAAGAUUUAUUUGGAGCUUUCUGUUUGCUGGCUUUUGGGAUGAUUAUAUCGUUAUUAGCAUUUACGAUAGAAAAAGUGUACUACAGAACUAGAAUGAUAUAG